AUGGAGAUAGAAUACUUGGGGCACAUUAUAUUGAAGAAGGGAGUAGCAGCUGAUCAAAUAAAAAUUAAGGUAAUGUGUGACGGGCCAAGCCCUCGAAAUCUCAGAGAUCUUCAUAGAUUUUUGGGCUUAACCGAAUACCAUCAAAGGUUUGUGAAGGGAUAUGGAAAACUAGCUUGGCCUUUAACUGAAAGGUUGCGGAAAGAAAACUUUUACUGGGACAAGGUAGCUAAAGCUUUGCUCCAAAAAUUGAAAGAGGCUGUGGUUUUGGAUCCAGUGUUAGCCCUACCAGAUUUUCGUAAGUAG